AAUAGAAUCGGCGGGAGGGAUUUAGCUGCUGGAACCACUGGGAAGGGGUUGUGACAGCGAAACAAGCUGGACAGGGGGGUGUGUUUGUGUCUUUGCCAAAGUAGGCGGGAAAUCUUAACGCCACCUUUUAUGGUUUUUAAAGCUUACAUGCAGAAUAGGAACGUUAAUACUUCUCCAAAUGCGUUUUUCAGUUAGUUUUGACCUUUUCUCUGGGCCGAGCAGUAGAGAAACCGCCGGGACUGGAGGACAACGUACACCCAUUCAAAUGUAAUCCCCUGUUUUUCCUGGUGUUAGUAACGUCCUGUGGCCAGUAAACGUCUUCUCAAGGGUGGAACCAUGGCUUAUGAGGAGAUAAAGGACAUGGUACUGGACGGAGACCGCAGCCUUGUUGCCGGUCGAAGCCAGAGAGAAAAGAGGAGAUCGUACAAAGAUCUUCUCAGAGAAGAGGAGGAGAUUGCUGCUCAGGUCCGGAAGUCCUCCAAGAAGAGGACCAAGGAUUCAGAGCUUUUUAUGUUGGGAGGGGAGUUACACAAGAAAAAGAAGAAACAUAGUGAUGACUAUUAUCACAGAGACCAUGAGGGUUCAGGACCAGCUCCACAUAAGAAAAAGCACAAAUCUGCAGACCGCUCCUCACAUAUGUCUCCCCCCCCGUCCUCACACUCAACGGACACAGCUAUGGGCCUUUUACAAGCCAUUACAUCUCCUCUAGCUACGGGUUCAGACCCCGGUCCCCAUUUCCUAAAGAAACCCUCCUACCCCUCUUUUUCUUCACAUUCCUCCAAGGAUCGCAAACGUGAACAUAGCAGUGGCGGUGGAAGCAAAGGCAGCCAUUCUUUCUGUCAGUCUCGACCUACGUCGUCAACCUCCUCCAAGAAACACUCCUCCGCCUCGUCAAAAUCCUCUCUCUUCCACGGGGGAACUUCUAAAGAGGAGCCGUUGACGCUGCGUGAGGCCGACGGGCUGAAAAUGAAGCUCAUCAUGUCACCAGAGAAAGAGGAAAGUGAGAGCUUCCCAAUCACAGCACACUCAUCAAAGGGAGUCACCAAGAAAGACAAGGACAGAGACAAGAUGACUUCAAAGACUCCCAAGAGGAAGCUGCAACAGAGUCAAGAUCCACUUCCUGUCGUGGGGAAGGAAGUGGAAGUCGAAGGACAUUUUGGAGGUGUGAUGGGAGAUGACAGUGCUUCUUCUGGAGUAGAGCUGGAGGCUGGAGAACUAGUCAUUGAUGAUUCAUUCACACAUCUGUCUAAAAAGAAAAAGAAGAGUAAAAAGAGCAAGAAGAAAAAAGACAAGGAAAAAGACAGAGACAAGGAGAAAAGUGGGAAAGACAAGAAGCACAGCAAAGGAAAUGGAGAUACAUCAAAAGGCCACAGCCACUCCCACCCCACUGUCACCCACAGUGCUGUUGGUCCAAUGUAUGCCAUGGGUACACCGCUGUCAUACCAGCAGCAGCAGCAGCAGCAUAGCAGUGAAUAUACAACUGAGAAGAAGAAAAGAAAAGAAGAGAAGGAUCGAGAAAAAUCUGACAAAGACAAGCCCAAAAAGACAACGGCAUACCAGGUGUUCUGUAAGGAGUACAGGGUGAACAUCAAUGCAGAGCAGCCAGGACUAGACUUUGGUGAGCUGAGCAAACGGUUGGCAGAAGUGUGGAAAACGAUGCCUGAGAAAGACAAGCUGCUUUGGAGGCAGAAGGCUCAGCAUCUACAGCACAAACAGAACAAGGCCGAGGCCACCACCAUCAAACAGAAGAGCUCCACGGAGAACAAGAGCAAAGUCAUAGCCACAGGAACUGCCGUGGUGUCGCCCAGCCGAGCCCCAGGAACCUUGUCUUUGUCACCUGCACGAGUCCCAGAUGUUGAUCCCAUCGAUGCAGCAGCUCAUCUGCAGCUGCUGGGAGAAUCGCUGUCUCUGAUUGGACACAGACUACAGGAAACUGAAGGCAUGGUUGCUGUGUCUGGGAGCCUGUCUGUCCUGCUGGACUCCAUCCUGUGUGCCCUGGGCCCACUGACCUGUCUCACUGCACAGAUACCACAGUUGAACGGAUGUCCUCGAAAUGUCCUGUCCAAUACACUGGACAACAUUGCCUACAUCAUGCCUGGACUGUGAUCAAAGGGAUAAUGAUGAUGAUCAGCGCCACCUCUAGACUGUGAUUAUAGCCACUUUCUGGCAUUCAAAAAUCUCUGGAUAUUUUUAAUGUUGAUCAUUUUUAAAAGAAAUGUCUUUUUUUUUAAAAGCUCAUACUUUUAAUAUGGACUUUGUACAUUUUUAGAUGAAGUCUUUCUCUCUGUACUGUACUGUACUGACCUGACCUGUCUGUUGUUGUCUGGCUGGACGUGUCCUGACCUGAAUGAGUGAUGAUUCUGUGCUUUUAUAAUGACUUGGACUCUGUGUGUGUGUGUGUGUGUGUGUGUCUGUCUUCUAAUGACUUUUUAUUCUAAUGUACAGGAUGAUGACAUGGAUUCACCUCAACAUCUCUAAAACAUAUUCAACUCUUUAUAUUUCCUUCUUUUACAAUGUCAAAAAAGUACCUGUUUUUAUAGAUUUGAUAUGUUACUGUGCUCUGUCAACUAUAGUACAUUAAAGUACUACGUGAUCGGCCAGA